AUGUCUGAAAUCACUCCUGAUGUUGCUGAAGAUUAUUCUCAAAUCGUGGUAGAUACGCCACCUUCUUCUGCUGAUGAUUCGUCGAAAUUAGCUGGCCAAACAAUUGAACAAACUGAAAAGUCUAAUGGUGAAGAAGCUGCCACUGCGCCAGCGGUCAAGGUUUUAUUUCCAAGAUUGGGAGGAAAUGCUGCUGCGUCUGCUUCUGGCAAUGCUGUCUCCUGGGGGUCUACUCUGAAAUCAGGUAGCUCCGUUAACAGUGUCUCUUCUCUUUCCCAUGGCAAAAACGGACGUGCUUCUUCACCUGGUUCUGCUAAGCCAUUGCGUUCGAGAAACAUUCAGGAAGUGUUCUCGCUAGACUUAGAUGCACAAUACCAAAUCACAAAGACCGAAUUCUCCAGCAUCGUUCAGUCUGUUAAACAAAAGUACGAUGUCUCUGUGGAAUCCACACUAUCAAAGACUUCGCGUACUUUCUUGAUCUCUGGUUCUUCUGACAAGAUUGGUCUUGCUAAGAGAGAGUUGGUCAAGAAGUUGACUAAACCUGUCAAUGUGACUUUUGAAGUUCCUUCAAAAACUAGAUCUGCCAUUAUCGGAUCUGGUGGUAAGACCAUCAGAGCAAUCUCAGAUGCUGCUGGUGUAAAAAUCGUGGUUCCGAAGGAGGUUGAUGAGGGUACCUACGAUUCAGAUUUGGAAGACUAUUCAGUAACCAUCUCUUUACACGGCGAUGCUGAAUCUGUUCUCGUUGCAAAGAGUAAGAUCUUGGACGUCGUGAAGGAGGAAACUAAAAACGCCAAGAUUGUUCUUCCUGUCGAGGACUCCAAGUUGGUUCCCUUCAUCGAUCUAGAAUCAGUUGAAAUUCCAGCUGAUGUAAAGGCGCAGCUGUUUACAAACAAUGACCCCGCUGAAAUCGCAUUAAAUGGUCCUCGUGAUAAUGUUAAAUUGGCCAAGGUUAAGGUGAUCAACUAUUUGAACGAAUUGGGUCUAAAGAUCGUGGUGAAAAAGGAAAAGGUCCCAUUCAAAUUCCAUCCUUUGGUAAAGCCUUCAGAAUUGAAUGAGAAGUUCCACGUCGAAGUACAAGCUCCAAGUAUUUCCGGCGAUGAUCAAUUCGUUUUCAUCGGAAGCUCUGACAACGUCAAUGAGGCCAUCGUGUACGCUAAGAACUCAUCUAAAUUCCAUACCGUGGAAUCAUUGGAAAUUUCAAAAGCUCAUGGUAAAAACGUUAAACAUGCUAAGAACUUGAUUCUAUACUUCCAAAAAUAUAACGUCUUAGAUCAAAUUACCGAAGACUUCCCACAAGUGCAAGUAGUUUUACCUAAAGUGGAAAGUAUUCCAGCAUUGGAAUCCGUCAGUAUUACCUUAAUUUCAAACAACGAUGCCGCAGACGCUAUCAAGACCGUUCGUAAACAAAUUGUAGCUUUGGUUAAUGAAUUAUCUCCAGAACAAACGUUAACUAUUUCAGAUUUGGAUUAUCAUCUAUUCCACAAGGACAUCAAGCAAAUCUUGGUCUCGACUGAAAGUGAUGUCCCAUUCAUUCAAUUGGGUGACUGUUUCCCAGGUAAUGACGAUAUCUUACUAAUCACCAAGAUCAAUGAAGAUGAUUUCAAGCCAUCUGAUGAUGAACUAAAAGUUAAGCUGGAAUCGGUCAACCAACAAUUGGAACCAAUCAGAAAGAAGCAAAGCCUUUUAGCAUCCAAUGUUGUUUCCCUUGCCAAAAAAGAACAGGAUGAACUACUCGGAGAAUCAAAAGUCACUUUGAACUUGAUCAAUGAAGCUGUUUCUCAUGCUGGCGCUCAUGCUUUAAUCAAGUUGAGCACCCCUUCAGUCAACCAAAUUACUAUCAGAGGUGAUGACCAUGGAUGUAAGAUUGCUUCCGCUGCUGUCAAGUCCAUCGUCGAGAAUUCAUCAACAGAAUCCAAGAUCACAUUCCAAGUUCCAACCAAUGUAGUUUCGAGAUUGAUUGGUCCAAAGGGUGCUAACUUACAACAAAUUCGUGAAAAGUUUGACGUUCAAACUUUCAUCCCACAAGAUUCUAAGGAUGAGAAUACCGAUGUUACAUUGACCGGUUUGCAAUACAAUCUUGACCAAGCGAAAACAUAUAUUCUAGCAGAAGCUAAAAAAUGGUCCGAUAUUAUCACUAAGGAAUUAAUCGUCCCUAUGAAGUACCACCGUACAUUAAGUGGACCUCAAGGCACUUAUCGUAUCCGUUUGGAGAACAAGUACUCCGUUUUCAUCAGAUUUCCUAAGGACAGUGAGUUAGUCACCAUCAGAGGUCCAUCUCGUGGUGUCAAAGCCGCUUAUGAUGAACUGAAGGCUCUUUUGGACUUCGAAAUUGAAAAUGGCCAUAAAGAGCUUCUCAAAGUUCCAGUCGACUAUGUUACUAGAGUCAUAGGUAAAAGUGGUGAAACUAUCAACGAUAUUAAGGCAGAGUAUGGUGUUGAGUUAAACUUUUUGGACAAAACCGACAGUGAAAAGGCUAAGGAAGCUGGUGAAGUCGAGUUGGAAAUCACUGGUUCUAGAUCUAGCAUCAAAGAAGCUGCAAACAAAGUCAAAUCUAUCAUUGAUCAAGCAUCAAAUUUUGAGACAGUUACUCUGGAAGAUAUCGACUCUAAGUAUUAUAGCGAUAUCAUCGGUCGUAGUGGCUCCCAAUUGAAAGAAAUUAUCAGCAAAGCUGGUGGUGAUGAGAUUAGAAACAAGAGAGUCAAUAUCCCUGAUGCCUCUUCUGAAGACAAGGUUAUCACUAUCUUCGGACCAUCUGACUUUGUGAAGAAGGUUGUCAAACAAAUUAAGGGAGUUGUUUCUGGCUUAGAAAACAGCAUUACCGAGGAGCUAAAUAUUCCACAAGAGAAGUUUGGUGCCUUGAUUGGUCCAGCUGGAUCAGUAAGACGUGAAUUGGAGACAGAAUUCAAAGUAAGAAUUCAUGUUCCAAACAAGAACAGCUCAGAUGAAAAGGUCACUGUUUCUGGUUCUCCUGCUAAUAUUGAAUCUUGCAAGAAGAAAAUCGAAAAAGAAAUCAUCAGGGAUAGUUUCGACUUGGAAAUUGCUGUCCCUGCCAAAUACCAUUCAUACGUUUCUAACUCUGGUUUGAUUUUCCAAACGUUAAGAAACGAAUUUUCUAUUGAUGUUUCUCAUGGUAACUUGACUAGAACCGCACAAAGUUUAUCUCGUGCGAACUACAAGGUUCCUGAAAAUGUCGCUGGUGGUGAAAAUGAAAGCUCCAACGUCCUCAUUCAAUCUGUCACAGAAACUGAAGCUAAGGUUGACACAAUCCCAUGGAGAUUAACAUACUCACCAAUUGACUUGAGUGAUGUUUUAGGUGAAGACUAUAAGAAAGAUGAAGAAAGCAAAGAUCAAGUCUUAGAAAAAGCGUCCAAAUUGAUAGAAGACAGAAUCGCCGAGGCUAAACUUGUUAACACCGAAGGUUUCGUUUGGUCCAAGGAUGCAAAGAAGUUUAACUCUAUUGUUGGACCAAACGGUAGAAAUAUCAGAGAAAUCAGAAAUGCCACUAAAACUGUUAUCCAUGUUCCAAGAAAAAGCGAUAAGGUUAACAAUGUUAUAUAUGUCCUAGGCUCUGAAGAAGGUGUGAAAAAGGCAGCUGAAUUGAUCUGCAAGAGAUUAAAAUAG